UUUGUUUGGUUCUUUUCUGGCUUUCUUGUACAAAAGACAAACAAAGACCAGAAAAUGAUUGUUACGUACGUACUCUCAGUGUAAGACUAGUGUGCUAUACUACUAACUACGUACGUGCGUAAUAAUAUGGAUCAUAUCAGUUUGUUUUGUGAUGAGGUUUGGCCCUCGAGCCCCACUGCUGCGAGUGAUGACAUUGGCAAUAAUAUUCCAGUGCAAAUGACCGAACAUGUUAUUACAACCAAACGUUGUAGUUUCGAAAGUCAUGAUGAUAAUAAUGGUGGUGAUCAGUUUCAUAUCACUACGGAAGACAGUGAGGUGGCCCUUACCAUAUGCCUAGAGAAGGAGAAAACUUACGUUCCUGAACCUAAGUACUCAGAAUAUCUUGAGUCCAAGAACUUGAUCGUUGCUAGGUUUAGAACAAUUCAGUGGUUUAUCAAGUGCCGAAGUCGGUUUAAUCUCUCGUUUGGAACUGUUUUCCAUGCUACAAACUACCUCGAUCGAUUCAUAUCAAUAAAUCAGAACUGUAUUAUUACUGAAUGGAAAUACUGGAUGGUUGAGUUGUUAUCUAUUGCCUGCUUUUCCAUUGCCUCCAAGUUCAUUGACACCAAUCCUCCCAUGCUGCAUGAAAUUAAUCAGAUGGAAGAUAUAGAGCACUCAUUUGAGGCCAGUGCGAUUCAGAGAAUGGAAUUGAAAGUGUUGGUGGCAUUAGAUUGGCGCCUUGCUUGUACCACUGCUCAUUCUUAUCUUCAGCUAUUUACUCCUCACCUCCAAUAUUACCUCAUUUUGAACCACCAACAACACAUCAUCAUACCCCAAAUCAAUCACCUUCUUCUCCGAGUCAUUUCUGAUACGGAGCUGGUGGAGUUUAGACCAAGUGUGGUUGCUGCAUCAGCCAUAUGGUGUUGCCUAGAUAGGUUCCUUUCAACACCAUCCACUGUCCAUCAAUACUCUCAUCUCACUCGUUUCUUUCACCAACCUCAAAAGGAUGAUAUAAUAAGGUGCCAUAAUAUGAUGGAAGAGCGUAGUACUAAUGAUGGUAGAAUAUACUUAUAUGAUUAUAACAAUGGCUGCCCUUCAAGUCCUACAACAGUGUUAUUGAAAGACCGUAAUAACAUCAUAUGUGAUGAUGAACUCUCUCCUUUCCUCAAAUGCUACUAUUGUCCAAAUCCACCAAUCAAGAAGCAAAGGACUUUGUAGUCAUGAGAAUAAGAUAUUAUGCUUAUUAUUUUUAUUUUUUAUGUUUGAUAAAAUUGAUCAAACAUAAAUUAUGUAAAAAUAAUAAUAAUAUUAAUGCAUGUAUAACAAUUAAUUAUUGUUGGUCUCUUGUCUUUUUCAAUUAUCAUGUGUAAUAUGUAUUCAUGUGUUAAUGGAAACACUAUUUAUUU